UUUUCCUGAACUGGGGGGGCAAAGGAACACAGUCAGCUCUUCAUCAUGAGGUCCUUCUACCCUUUGCUCCUCUCUUUGCUCUUGGUGUCCAGUGGAUCCUCGGCUGUCAUCACAGGCGCCUGUGAGAGGGACUCUCAGUGUGGAGGAGGGAUGUGCUGCGCAGUAAGUUUAUGGAUCCCCGGUCUGCGGAUGUGCAGUCCCAUGGGACGGGAAGGAGCCGACUGUCAUCCUCUGAGCCACAAGGUCCCUUUCUUUGGGAAGAGACUCCACCAUACCUGCCCCUGCCUGCCCAACUUAUCCUGUACUGUUACCGGACAGGGAAAAGCCAAAUGUCUCUCACCUUACGAGUAUCCAGAAUAUUUCCUCUGA